GCCAUAUUGCUGCGCUGAUCAGUCUAGGCGAGUCUAGUGAGUGAGGAGGGAGGGGAGUGUUUCGCGUCUACAGUUGUUUAGGGACUCAACUGAAAGUCGCACCUGUUCUGAGACAGACGCCGGUGAACGUUUCAUCUUCCUGAAGGAUUGUUUGACCGAUUUUUACUACAGUUGCUGCUAGGAGUUUACAGAAAGAUUCAAUAUGCCUAAACCGGUUAAUGUUCGCGUCACCACCAUGGACGCGGAGCUGGAGUUUGCCGUCCAGCCCAGCACCACAGGCAAGCAGCUCUUCGACCAGGUGGUCAAAACCAUCGGUCUGCGGGAGGUCUGGUACUUUGGCCUGCAGUACAUGGAUAGCAAAGGCUACCACACCUGGCUCAAGCUGGAUAAAAAGGUCUCCUCACAGGACGUGAAGAAGGAGAACCCCCUGCAGUUUAAGUUCCGGGCCAAAUUCUUCCCAGAGGACGUGUCCGAGGAGCUCAUUCAGGACAUCACACAGAAGCUCUUCUUCAUGCAGGUAAAAGACGCCCUUUUGAGUGACGAAAUCUACUGCCCACCUGAGACUGCUGUGCUGCUGGCAUCCUAUGCUGUCCAGGCCAAGUUUGGCGACUUCAGCAAAGAGGCACACAAGCCUGGAUACCUCACGUCAGAUCGCCUGUUGCCUCAACGUGUGUUGGAGCAGCACAAGCUGUCUCGAGAGCAGUGGGAGGAGAGGAUCCAGGUGUGGCACGAGGAGCACAGGGGCAUGCUCAGAGAGGAUGCCAUGCUGGAGUACCUGAAGAUCGCACAGGACCUGGAGAUGUAUGGCGUCAACUACUUUGACAUCAAGAACAAGAAGGGCACGGAGCUGUGGCUGGGCGUCGAUGCGCUCGGACUCAACAUCUACGAGAAGACAGACAAAUUGACCCCAAAGAUUGGAUUUCCAUGGAGUGAAAUCAGGAACAUCUCCUUCAAUGAUAAGAAGUUUGUCAUCAAGCCCAUUGACAAGAAGGCCCCAGACUUUGUGUUCUACGCCCCUCGGCUCCGCAUCAACAAGCGCAUCCUGCAGCUCUGCAUGGGGAACCACGAGCUGUACAUGCGGCGCAGGAAGCCCGACACCAUCGAGGUGCAGCAGAUGAAGGCCCAGGCCCGCGAGGAGAAGCACCAGAAGCAGCAGGAGCGCGCCCAGCUGGAGAGCGAGAAGAAGAAGAGGGAGAACAUCGAGCGCGAGAAGGAGCAGAUGGAGAGGGAGAAGCAGGAGCUCAUGAUGCGUCUGUACGAGUUCGAAGAGAAGACCAAGAGGGCUGAGAAAGACCUGCAGGAGCAGAUGCAGCGGGCGAUACAGCUGGAGCACGAGCGGAGGCGGGCGGAGGAGGAGGCGGCGCGGCUGGAGGCCGACAGACAGGCAGCUCUGCUGGCCAAGGAGGAGCUGGCCCGACAGGCCGAGGACCAGAUCAAGAGCCAGGAGCAGCUGGCCGCAGAGCUGGCAGAACACACUGCUAGGAUCGCCCUGCUGGAGGAGGCCAGGAAACGCAAGGAGGACGAGGCCAGCACAUGGCAACAGAGAGCCCAGAACGCGCAGGACGACCUGCUGAAGACGCGUGAGGAGCUGCACCUGGUGCUGACGGUGCCGCCGCCCCCUCCCCCGCCGCCCGUCAUGGACCACAUGGACGACGGCGACGACGGCGAGGAGAGCACCAGCACGCACAGCGCCGAGCUGCAGAACGAGGACUUCGACGACCACCGCCAGGAGGAGGAGCGCAUCACCGAGGCCGAGAAGAACGAGCGCGUGCAGAAACAGCUGAUGGCCCUGACCUCUGAGCUGGCCCAUGCUCGUGACGACACCAAGAAGACCCAGAACGACAUCUUGCACACAGAGAACAUGCGUGCUGGACGAGACAAGUACAAGACCCUGCGGCAGAUCCGACAGGGCAACACCAAGCAGCGCAUUGACGAGUUUGAAGCCUUAUAAGAGCAACCCCACACCCUACCCCUACACCCACUCCUAGUGAGAGGGGAUGUUAUUAUACCCCCAACCUGCCAUCCUCUGAGAAAACCUAAGCCCCCUAUGCCAUACCCUUUCUGAGUGGUCACUGCCAGGAACACACACACACGCGCGCGUGCAUACAGUAUAUACACACACACACACACACAUGCGCAUAUACAUAGAUAUACAGAUCCAUACAGACCAGUAAUGAGAGGCACUUUUUGACCUUUGAGGAACAUGAUGCAUCUCGUGUUCUUCCUUAUGUGUGCAUAGACGUGUGCUAACACACACACACACACACACAAACCAACACUGCAUAUAGACAAACAUACACCACUACCCUCUCGCACCACUAAUGUCAGCCCAGCAGGUCGCCCUGUUGCGGCGCGUGUAGCUCCGCUCUUUGCCACAGCACAAAACAACCGCAACACGAGUGUCAUUCAAACCAUCCAGUGCCAAAAAAAACACUUUUUUCCCCUUUUUAGUCCUAGCUUGAGAUGAAGCUCCUAUUUGACUGUGUAUCACUCUGCAACCAAAAUUGCCAUUUUUAUUUUUAUUUUUUUGUUGCUUCUAAACCCUGAGCAGAAGGGCUUGGAGAGGUGACCAAGGGAGGGAAGUGGCACUACAUGGCAACAUGUAAGGGAAAAUGAAGUAUCAUUAAACCAGAGCAUGGACUCUGGUGAGAGGUUAGUCUUAGUUUUUGUUGUAGCCGAAGUUGGAGAAAAAAGGGCAAUUUACAGAUUUUUUGUAUUUAUCGAUUUCUUCUUUUGCUGUUUGUUUUGAUCGGACCACUCAGAAAGGGGAAUUACAGUAUAAAACCUAAACUUUUCUGAAAAGGAAAAUAAUGUGUAUGUUUUAUUUUGUUUUGUGUCGUUUUUUUCCACAUUAUAUUUUGAACACUUCUGUUUAAUACCUGCUCUAGCUUAAAAAAAAAAAUCUUAAUUAAAUAUUUAUACUCUACAUGGGUCAUCUACUUGGUUUGUAUAUUUUUGCUAUUAUACUAAUGAUUACAAGCAGUGUAAUAUUAUCAAAGGUUCUAUAUUGACCAAAAUUAAUUACCAUAGCUAGGUUUCUUUUUCUGCUCUGUAAAAGAUCACUAAAUUAAGAGAUUUUUGUAAAUUAUUAUCUUUUUUAUUUUUUACGUUAGACAGUACUUAAGCUGCAUGUUAUUCAAAUGACAUAAUAUUUUUCUUAUUCUAGGUACUUUUUGAUUGACAGUCACUUAACUGUGGUUGCAUCUUUUCUGAUGAGGGAUUUUAACUGCAGGAUUCUUGUCCCUGAGCCCCAUCUUUGAUGAAAAGAUUCAGUUCCCCUCCCCAUGUAGUUUCUCUGUUAUUCCUGUAACACAACCAGGAGAAAAUAUUUUCUCUCCUACCCACCAGCAGGAUGGUUGAUCUCGAUGUUUGUGAGCAGUCAUUUCUGUUUAGUUGUAUCAGUUUUUCCGUUCCGGCACUGCCAUAUUUUGCCUGUUGGUCAGGUAGUAACAAAUGCCCUCUUUACACUGUGGUGUACAGGGAGUAGGUCAGCACCUCACCUGCGAAGAUCACCUCUCACUGUCCGUUACAGGACUCCAUUCCAAGUACCAGCAAAUCCCCGCUAAGUCCAGUUUUAGGAAACUGAAGAAGCUGAAUGUACUGUAAAAAGGUAGCAUAUAGACACGAUGCUCCUCGCAUGUCUAAGUCACUCGCCACCAUGUAGAAAUGAUCUGAGUGCAGCUCUGAAAUUGCCUUUCAUGUUUGCUUGGAGAAAAGGGAGUUACAACUGUCCUCAGAACAGUGGCUAAGGGCUAAUGGUCAUCAUGUAGCACCAUACACACCACACACAGAUGGGAAUGUCCUGGUCUUCAAAACUUGCUGUCAGUGGUAUUCCAACUGAUUGACUUUUUUUUUUUUUUGUUAAUUUAAAUUGAGGUGUUCAACUUUAUUGGCAAUAAAGAAAAUCUCAUAUGAUUUCAUA